AUGACCUGUCCAUUCCCUAUCCUUUACUACUCAUCUCGACGCUGGUUAAGUCUCUCCCUGGGCCGUAUCGUCCUCAGUUAUUUAUUCCCCAUCGAGUUUCGUGAUUUCUUUAUUGCCGAUGAACUCAAUAGCUUGGCCUAUUCGUUCUGGACAUUCACCUACUUUAUUUGUGCCUAUCAAUGGCAUUGGACUGAUCUAGAUAGUCAUUGUCCCGUCAAGAUCUUUUGGUUCACCCCGUUUUUAGCCUGUCUCCCCCCUUGGUGGCGUUUCUUGCAGUGUAUUCGACGUUACAAGGAUUCUAAGGAGAAGGUGCAUCUUGUGAAUGCUGUCAAAUAUACUACCAGUAUGGCGUCUACUCUAGCCACGGGUUAUCGAAGAAUGUAUCCCAAUCGAACCACGGAAAUUAUUUGGGUAUUAUGUUGCGUGAUUAAUUCAACCUAUACUUCAUUGUGGGAUAUCAAGAUGGAUUGGGGUUUAUUACAGCCCAAUAGUAAAGAAUUCAUGUUGCGUGAUGAUCUGGUGUUCUAUCGAUGGACGUAUUAUGUGGCAGCACCCAUUAAUAUCACCUUGCGUUAUGCCUGGGCUUUGAACUCAGCAGGAUUAGGUGUCAAAGGAGAAGUGCUGGGUUUCUUGACUGCGCUUUUAGAAGCCUAUCGACGUAUUCAAUGGAAUUUCUUUCGUUUAGAGAACGAACAUAUCAAUAAUUGUGGUAAUUACCGUGCCAUCAAGGAAAUUCCUUUACCCUUUGCGUUUCGAGAUACAUGCAAGACACCCAACGGAGAUGAAGAAGGGGGUAUUCAACUCUUGGCCGAACCCAACGAAAUUGCCAUCCCACCAACGGCCGUUUCUCCUACCUCACCUACCUUCGAUCCCAUCUCGCCUUCGACCACGGGUUCCUUUUACGGUCGUCGUGAUUUCGAAAAUCGUCAUGACUUGGAUGAUAAUUCUGCUGCCGUUGAUAGUCUUCGAAAAAUCAAUCGACAACCUUCCUUGGUUGGUACCGUCUUGGAUCGUAUUAAAUCUCGCAUACCUGAAAAUUCCAUUGAUUCCGAUACAGACAAUGAAGAUGAGGAAGAUAGUGAUUAA